UCUACACAUUUUCAAACAGAAACAGCCGUUAACGGUCUUCUGCCAGAAAUCAGCAGCGGCGACGGGAGCGCGCACAAGAGCACACGAGAGCGCGCAGUGAAGCAGCAGCGGAAGCAUGGCGGAAGGAGACAAUAAAAGCGCUAAUUUAUUGGCUCAGGAGACGUCUCAGCUGGAGGAGCAGCUGCAGGGAUGGGGCGAGGUCAUUCUAGCCGGGGACCAGUUCCUGCGCUGGGAGAAGCCCUGGUUCCCCGCCGUGCUGGUGGGAGGCACCACCGUGCUCUUUCUACUGAUCUACUCUCUGGACCCGUCUGUUCUGACUGGACUGUCCUGCACCGUCAUGGUUCUGUGUCUGGCUGAUUACCUGGUGCCCACCCUUGCCCCACGCAUCUUCGGCUCCAACAAAUGGACCACUGAGCAGCAGCAGCGCUUCCAUCAGAUCUGCGGGAACCUGGUGAAGACCCAACGCCGCAUCCUGGGCUGGUGGAAACGCCUGUUUGCCCUCAAGGAGGAGAAACCCAAGAUGUACUUCCUAUCGGUGAUCAGCACUCUGGUGGUCGUGGCCUGGAUCGGGCAGCAGGUCCAUAACCUCUUCCUGACCUACCUGAUGGUGAACUUCCUGCUGCUCCUGCCCGGCCUGAACCAGCACGGCAUCAUCACCAAGUACGCCGGCAUGGUGAAGAGGGAGGUCAACAAACUGCUCAAGCAGAAGGAGAAAAAGAACGAGUGAGAAGAAAGAAAUGAUGAUGAUUGAGUAGGAUGAGUAGUUUGGAUUUGCCCCUGAAAUGCAUUUAAACAAUAACCCAGACCACUAAAGUCCCUUUAGGCGAAGCUUCAUAAAUAUAUAAAUAUAUCAAGCUCUAGAUUUAGGCUUAAACCCGAGCGUUCUCGUGAAUUCUCCUCCAUUCAGCAAUCGCUCACGUCUGCGUGUUCGUGGUGUACGAGUGCUUCAGAGCGCACGCUGCUUUAAUUCACUCUUCUUUUUUUUUUUUUAUAUAGAAAAGCGUUUGGGCUCAGAAACAUGGAUGUAGAUUUAUUUUUGUUGAUGGUUUGAGAAUGUGAGCAGAAAAUCGUACUCUGGAAUGAUUUGGAUUCUUUAUAGGGUUUGUGCGUGUUUUUGUUUUUUGUUUUUGUGAAUGUUUGAAAACUGCACUGAAACCACCGCAGGAGAAACUGGAGUGUCGUGUGUGUGUGUGUGUGUGUGUGUGUGUGUGUGUGUGUGUGUGUGUGUGUGUGUGUGUGUGUGUGUGUGUGUGUGUGUGUGUGUGUACACAUCCUGAGACCUCCCUCCCCGUGUGAGGACUGCAGAGUCGUACUGCUGUGUUUGAUUUUCUCUCUCUCUCCCCUCCUCACCUGUGUAAAUACACACCUGUCCUAUUUUCCUCCUCUGAGUCUGUGUGUUAUGUCCAUGUAAGCGUGUGUACAUGUGUGUGUGUGUGUGUAACGUUUCCCCUCCAGCCUCUGGGGGAGCCGUGACACAUCGCCGUCUGCGUUUCUUUUCAGUUUAAAACCUUAAUAAAAAAUUUAAGAAGCUCUAAA